AUCUCUAACUAUCUUUGCUUCUCUCUCUCUGAGGUGUCGGUCAAUUAUAAGAAGCAUUCACUUCUCUCAACCUCUCUUCUCCAUGAACAAAAAUGGGAAGGGGAGGAGAGAAAAGUCGUCACAGAUCUCACACCCUCCCUUCAUCCCCAGCCCACUCUCUCUCUUCUUCAUCCUCCUCCUCAGACUUUGAAUUCACCAUCUCUCUCUCUCCUCGCAAAUCCUCCACCAACCUCUGCCCGGCCGACGAGCUCUUCUACAAGGGCCAGCUCCUUCCCCUCCACCUCUCCCCCCGUCUCUCCAUGGUCCGCACCCUCCUCCUCCGCACCUCCUCCACCACCUCCUCCUCCACAACAACCACCACCACCACCACCGCCUCCCGCCACUCCACCGGCAGCUCCACCGACUCCCGUUCCUCCUUCUCCGGCGACCUCAUCUGCGACUCCUCUCGACCCAGCUCCGUCAGCACCGCUGAAGAAGACGAGCUCCGCCGCCUCAACCACCACCCCCACCACCACCACAUCAAGAAAACUAAGUACUCAUCGGCCUUCUCAAGAUUCUCUUCCGUGUUCCGUAAGGAACCCAAGACCCACGACCCGGACAUCCUAUCCGGGUCGUCCAUGAAACGAACGGCCAAGGAGGUGAUAUGCAAGUACUUUAAAAAAGUGAAGCCACUGUACGAAAAGUUAUCUCAGAAAAACCAACAGAAGACGACAACAACAACAGAUGCUUUUAUAAAACAUAGAGAUACAUCCAUGCAGAUCAAUAGGAGGAAGGACGAAAAUGGCAGCCUUUCUCACUCAUUUUCCGGGAAUUUGAGAUACCCAAGAAGAAAAAGAAGCUGUGCUUCGAGUUGCCCGUCGUCUAUGCGGUCGUCGCCGAGUCGGUCCGGCAUUGCUUGCCGGAAUGGGUUCCCGGCCAGGAGCAUAAGCCACGUGGACACUUCUAUAGAGGAGUUACAGAGUGCAAUUCAAGGAGCAAUAGCGCAUUGCAAGAACUCAAUGAUUGAGAACAAGACCAUGGUUGGUAAUUAAUUACUAAUGACAUUUGAGGAUUAAUUUUAGAUGGAUGAUCAUAAAUAUAUAUUUUUAAAUUUUUUUGUCCACGAUGGUGUGUAUGUCCGGGCACAUUCAGUUGUCCGUUCUACAUGUAUCGAAUAAUUAUUGAAAAAAUAUUUAUGUGUCCGUAUUGUCUCUGGAUUUGAGAGGGUGAUGGUUAGUGCUGAAAACAUUUAACUUUUUAUUUUAUGAGUUGCAUGUGAUGUUAUAAUUGAGUAUUCAUUUGGAUUGUC